AUGUCUGCACGUCCCUACCGUUCCAAGCGGCAUCGUCCCUGUGAUCAAUGCCGAGAGAGGAAGCUGGGAUGCCAGACCGACGAGGGUUUGCCAUGCGUGCGCUGUCGUUCGGCCGAUCUACCUUGCACCUUUGAACAUCCUCCCCCCAAACGGCCAAGACGGGACUCUUCCUGGAGCCAACAGGGCUCGCACAAGGCGUCCACUGAGUCUCCCGCCUGUCACGAUCCAUCCCUGCUGCCCUCGUGGGAGGAUCGUCACACCGUGCCACCGCCGUCGCAUCUGCCCUCCCGGGGCACCUCUGUUAGCAACCACCCUGUCCAGCCCCCGGCGUUUACAGGCUCCCUGGAAGAUCUACAGGCACCGGCCGGCGUGUCGCCUGCCGUGUCUGGCCAUCUGCUCACGGUAGGUCCCUCUCCCACCCAGUUCGUGCAGAGCCUGGAUCAGCUCGAGGGCUUUUCCGCCCAGCUGUUCGGCGCAUCGGCUGAGUCGGACCCCUGGCUCCUGCGGCAUUGCGCUUUCGACGAUUCCGGAGUCAAGUGUUUCUACAAGGUCCAUUUCCGCAAUGCCGGUGGUGUCCCGACGGCAGACAGAAUCCCCGUGCAUUUCAUGAUUGCCGCUGAUGAGUUGGCCGCGUCGGCCAAGCAAGAAACCUCUUGUCGCACCGCCGGCGAGACCACGCGUGACGAGCUCAAUCGCCUAGUACCGCCCGAGUAUGGGCAGCGGCUGGUCUCCUUAUUUGUCAAAUAUGUUUAUCCCGCGCUACCGCUCAUUUCGCGCUCGCAGAUGGGCCUGAGCCCGUCCUGUUCGAUCCCAGAGACGUGGGCCCUGGAUCGCACCCCCGUGCACCUCCUAGCGGCCGUCUAUGCGUCGGCAUUGCCGUUUGCCGCGCAUGACGACUAUCUCUGCGUGUUGAACACGUAUAGCCCGCCGCCGGCAGACCGGCUCUGGCGCAUGGUCUAUGAGCUCGUGGCCGAGGAGAUCCACACGCCGCAUCUGGCCGUGCUGCAGGCCGCCCUGCUGUACCUGCACAAACCCAUGGACGAGAGCCGGGCGAGCACCGCGGACACGCCCUUCGUCUGGUCGUGGGUCGGCAGCAUUGUCGGGUUGGCCGAGUCCCUGGGCCUGCAUAUCGAAUGCCGCAUGUGGGGGGUUCCGGCGUGGGAGAAACGGCUUCGGCGACGCCUCUGGUGGGCCGUCUAUGCGGAAGACAAGUGGCGCAGCCUAUUACUGGGCCGGCCGACCUACAUCCACCAGGGAGAAUGGGACGUCAGUGAGCUGGACGGUGCGGAUUUUCUGUUUCACGCCCGCGGCGCAUCCUCGUCCUCGUCGGCCGUGCAGACCACACAGGAUCCUGUGCCCUUCCGGUAUCUGGUGGACCUGUCCAGGAUUGCCGAAGAGAUCUAUGAAUCUUUCUACACUCUCCGCAAAUCGCAAUACCUGUCAGAACGCUUCGACGCAUCGCAUGACAUCGGCCGUCCGCUGCUCGAAAAGCUCAAUGACUGGUACUCCACGCUGCCCGAGACCUUCCGCCUGCCCAACUGGAGCAAAUCCGUCAGCGGCCUGGCGCCCUAUCCCACCUCGAUCCACUUCGCCUAUCUGAUCCUGGUGCUCUUCGUCUACCGCGCCCUCCUGCGGCCAAUGGCCCGCUCGUCCAGCCCACCCCUGAUCUUUGACCUGGACGAACUGCCGGCCAACCCGUCGGCCUUGGACCCCUCCGCCGAGUCGCCCAUGCUAGAUUGCAUCAACAUGCCCGAGAUCGAGUCGUUCCCGGCCGUCGACCUGACCGAUCACAGCACGGGCGAGACCACGCUGAACGCUGCAGAGCGCUGCGCAUCCAUCGUGAUCAGCUUCACGCGCCGGCUGACGUCGAGUGACUUUACCGGGUUUUGGUAUUCAUGGUCCCGUGUCGGCUUCGCGACGGUCUCAAAUUUCACGCUCCUCCUCUUGGUUCAGGCGCCGAAUGCCGAGCGCGCGGCCAAGGGCAAGCAGCUGGUGGAUUCGUGGCUGCGCGUGCUCCGCUGCCAGAGCCAGAGCUUUCCCAUGAUGAAACUGGGUCUGACCCGGCUGGAUGCCGUGCACUGGGUGGGCCUGAACCAGACGUUUGUGCUGCCGCAGCAUGUUCAGGAUGUCAUCCAGUCUACGGCUGGUUAG